AUGGCAGCCUAUAGAGGCACGAUCGUGGACACGCCGUUACCGGGAACAUUGCGAGUCCGUCCUGACCAUGUUAUUGGUGAGUUACUUUCGCCCGAACCUCGUGCUCUCCAGCUGACCUCAGUCGUGGACGAUGGCGGCAACGUCGUGAGGGUCACGAGGGCGGCAGCAACGCCCCCCGCCGUCCUGGAAGCAGCGCAGCGCCUGCCCCAGUACUCGUUCUUGCUGCCUGCAUUCGCGGACCUGCACAUCCAUGCUCCGCAGUACCUCUAUGCUGGAACGGGACUCGACCUUCCUCUCAUGCAGUGGUUGGACACUUACACCUACGCCGCGGAGGAACGUGUUGACGCCGAUCACGCAUUGGCUAGCAGGCUGUAUCAGCGUCUAGUCAAGAGGUUGAUUCAAGCGGGAACCGGGUGCAUUGUUGCAUUCGGAACGAUCGGUGUCCAAGCAAACGGCUAUGGUGUAGGCGGAGCUGAACGCCCCACCUAUGGCGAGACGCUCUCUGGCGCGCUCGACCGCGUACAAGAGUUCCUUGACGCAAUGUCAGCUCUGAACUCGCCAAUAGUCAAGCCGGUGUUGACGCCACGGUUCGUGCCGACGUGCAGCGACCUGCUGCUGCAGUCGCUGGCCGAUAUCGCCCGUGAACGCGGGGUGCUCAUUCAGAGUCACAUGUGCGAGAGUACGGACCAGGAGGCGUGGGUUCGCAGUACACGCGGGCGGAACGACGAGGAAGUCUUCGACUCGGCCGGUCUGCUCGGUCCUGGAACAGUGCAGGCGCAUGUGACCGGGUUGGAUGAGAAGAUGAUGCAGCUCGUGAAGGAGCGUGGCGUCACCGUAGCUCACUGUCCGUUGUCCAACGCUUAUUUCUCAGAUAUGCCGUUCCCACUUCGAGAGGCAAUCGACGCCGGGCUGAAGAUCGGCCUCGGCUCUGACAUCGCCGGAGGCUAUGCGCUUCCGAUUCAAACUGCGAUGCGAGAGGCAGUCGUCGUCGCACGUCUACGCGAGGGAGCGCGGCGAGAACAUGCCCGCACGCAAGCCGGAGCAUUGUCGCUUACCCCGCCGAACGCCGACCACCCUGAUAUGCCGGACGUGCCGAGCACGCCAUUGGAGGCGAUGCCAGGUAUCGCGGAUCCAGCGCUGGCUGAUGCGCUGAAGGAGCCUGUCUCCGACACGUACUCGCGCGAAACGGCUAAGGCUCAAGAAGCACAGCAGGCUGGCCGCGAAGCUCCUUCGGAAGAGCCGGAGGAAGAAGAUCGAGGUCUCCGCGUCGACUGGAUCGAGUCGCUCUACCUCGCCACAGCAGGCGGGAAGAGCGCGCUCGGGUUCAAGGGCGUGUUCGAGCCCGGAGCAGAGUUUGACGCGCAGCUCAGUGAGUAA